AAUCCACCUUGAUUUGAAGUUAAACACUGAACCGUGGUAUAAUUUAAAAUACCGUAACCGCAUAUUUUUGUUAUAGUGAUAACUGAUAAUGCAGCAUCCAAGAACUUUUGAUCAUUAUAUAACUAACAACCAACAGUUAUAUCGAUUUGCCUUUUGUCGCCUAAAAUUCAAAUAUUUACUUGUCACUUAAACUUAAGAGGCUGGUCAUGGUUGGCGAUUCAGAUUAUAAUGUACAUAAGAUUCAAACCAUUUCACUGUAUGAUUCAUCAUGAAAUGCGAGUGCAAAUAUUUUACUAGAUAUGGCCAAACAUAAAUGUCCUUAUGAUAAUUGUAUGUUAAGUUUUAGUCGUCCAUACCGCCUAAGAAUACACAUUCAAAGACAUCAAGGAAUUAAAGAAUUUAGUUGUUCACAAUGUGACCGUAGUUAUCAUAGACAGCAACAUUUGAAACGUCAUGUAGAUGAAGCUCAUCAAAAUAAAUCUCGCCUUGAGCAGCCAAUACCAUGUGAUCAUUGUGAUCGGCAAUUUAACACAACGUGGGGUCUACAUCGCCACCAGGCCAAAAUAAAAAAUCCUAAAGUACGCACCAGAGAACAUAGUUGUACUAUUUGUGGUUGUAAAUUUUUCAACCAUGAUGAGCUUGAAAGGCACUCUCUUCGACAUGAACGCUUCAAAUGUGAUAUUCCUAUGUGCCCUUUUGCCACUCGAUUAUUCAAUUGGACAGUUUAUUUUAAACAUAUGGAAGAUUACCAUAGUGAACCUUUUGAAUGUGAUUAUUGUGGUGAACAAUUUGUCCGCAAGGCUCAGUUAAGAACACAUAUUCAGACACAUAUGCCUAAUUUCCCGUGUACCAUUGCAGGAUGUAAUAAGACUUACGCUUUAAUUAAAAAUUUAUCAAAUCAUAUUCGUAGUGUUCACGGUAACAGGACUUAUAAGUGUAAUGUAGUUGGAUGUGACUGGAAUUUUAAGUAUAAAACUUGUUUCAAGAGACACAUUAAAGUACAUGAAUCAAAUGGAAGAAUUGUUCCUAUGGCCGAGAGAAAAGUACAAAAAAAUAAAAACAAAUCAAAAUGUGUUAUGGCAGAGAAAUUAGCUGCACUAGCAUUUAAAAUAUAACCAAAUCAUAAAAAAAAAAUGUAAAUUAUUAUUCACAAAUAUAGUACA